AAUAAAUCUUCAAGUAUGGAAAACGCCAAAAAGAAUAUCGCAAUUUUGAGCAUUAUAAGAAAUGGCCCGGAAAAAGCGAAAUACAAAACAGCAUUGGAUUCGAUGGAGUGUUACGCUAAAAAGAACAACUACUCGUAUUUACAACUACAUGGCGAAGACUUCAAAGCAGUAUGUGGACAAGACGAUAUUCACUUUCAACGUCAUUGUAUCGUCGCCCACAUCCUCGAAACUUACAAUUUUACGUGGGUGUUGCAAGCUGAAGGUGACAUUGGUGUCGUCAACGAAAAAAUGAAGCUGGAAGUCUAUGUCAAAGAGCAUACCGACAUCAUCUUUUAUGAGAGGUUCUUCAACUUCGAAGUGGCAGCAGGCUCAUACUUAGUUAGAAAGUCAACCUUCUCGAUAGCCUUUCUUCGUGGAUGGGCCGAUUAUUCAUUUCGUAUCCCAAAGACAUUCGGUCUUUUGGACAAUGAAGCAAUGCAUAUGUGGUUUGUGGAAGUGCUUGCUCCUAAUGCACCACUUGCACCAGUCUGUUGGCUGCUGUGGAGAAGAGCGAAGAAUUUCGACACUUUGUCAGACUUCACUGUAUGUUGUCGGGAAGCAAUGAAAAACGCUACACUCUCUCAAAUAUUUAUUUAUAAAAGGGGUGAAGCAUGGGUAAGAGACGGGUGA